UGUCUCCCAGCUGCCGGGCUCCGCUCUUUCGCUGCGCUCUGACCCCCCGGGAACGCCGCGCCAAUUUAGGGCGCUGCGGGACCCGCCACCCGGGACGCCCGUCCCUCCCCGGGCCUCUGCUCGCUUGCCCGCCCGCGAGUCCGUUCCCCUCGUCGGCCUCUCGGAUCGGGGACGUAGGGCGAGCUGAGAGCAGGCCCGGGGAGGGUGGUGACCACCGCGGAGGAGCUGUGGCUGUCAAGAUGAUAGAGGUACUGACAACUGACUCUCAGAAACUGCUACACCAGCUGAACACCCUGUUGGAACAGGAGUCUAGAUGUCAGCCAAAGGUCUGUGGCUUGAAACUAAUUGAGUCGGCACGUGAUAAUGGCCUCAGAAUGACCGCAAGACUCAGGGACUUUGAAGUGAAAGACCUACUCAGUCUAACCCAGUUCUUUGGCUUCGACACGGAGACGUUUUCCCUAGCUGUGAAUUUACUGGACAGAUUCUUGUCUAAAAUGAAGGUACAGGCGAAGCAUCUUGGGUGUGUUGGAUUGAGCUGCUUUUAUUUGGCUGUCAAAUCGACAGAAGAGGAAAGGAAUAUCCCAUUGGCUACUGAUUUGAUCCGAAUAAGUCAGUAUAGGUUCACGGUUUCCGACUUGAUGAGAAUGGAAAAGAUUGUGUUGGAGAAAGUAUGUUGGAAAGUCAAAGCUACUACUGCCUUUCAAUUUCUGCAACUCUAUUACUCACUCAUUCAAGAGAACUUGCCAUUUGAAAGGAGGAACGAUCUUAAUUUUGAAAGACUAGAAGCCCAACUUAAGGCAUGCCACUGUAGGAUCAUAUUUUCUAAGGCAAAGCCUUCUGUGCUGGCAUUGUCUAUCAUUGCUUUGGAGAUCCAAGCACUAAAGGAUGUAGAGUUAACAGAAGGAAUCGAAUGUAUUCAGAAACAUUCCAAGAUAAAUGGCCGAGAUUUGACCUUCUGGCAAGAGCUGGUAUCCAAGUGUUUAACUGAGUAUUCAUCAAACAAGUGUUCUAAGCCAAAUGUUCAGAAGUUGAAGUGGAUCGUGUCUGGACGCACUGCCCGGCAACUGAGGCACAGUUACUACAGAAUAACUCACCUCCCAACAAUUCCAGAAACGGCUUCUUAGCUGGCAAAUCUGGUUGUUAUCCUCUCUAUACAGAAAAUUUUCCAUUGUUAUAAUUUUCUUCUACAACUGGAGAAUUAAAAUACUGUCUUCAAUAUAAACAAUAUGGGAUUAAAAUAGUAAGGGGAAAAAUGACUGUUGAUCUAGUUAGUGAAUAUUGAAAGGCAUUUACCAUGUACAAUGCACAGCAGUCUCAAGAGAAAGGACUUAGCAAACCUCCAUAUGUUAACACUUUUGUCAAAUUAUUAGCUUAGGAAAGAGAAUCCUCCAAACCUGAAUUUGUAAAAGUAGUUAAUGAAAUAAUAUUUUUUAAAUUACAUAUCACCUCACUGUAGCUUAUUUAAAGUUACAUAAACCCAAGCAGAAGGAUGAAACAAAAAGUUUGCCCCACAGAUGAACAAAUUCAAGUCCUUUUGUUGAUUAAGAAAACAUAGUAUGCACUUGGGUGAUGUACUUACAAAGUGAUACAGGGCAGAGAGUCUCCACAUUAGGUUUCUGAAAAUUGCUGAGGUGUCUCAAUUCUAUAUUUAGUAUUUUAUCUCUAAGCAGUUGGUCCAUUACAAAAUAAUUAUAUGCUUAAAAUAUAUAAACUUGAUCGCCGAUACAUAUACAUUUUUGCCAUCUAAAUUUCUUAAUCAUAGCAAAGAUUUAUCUUUUUUAUGAUUAAGGCUAAAUGUUGGCAGGCGUUGUGGUGCACACCUUUAAUCCCAGCACUCAGGAGGCAGAAGUAGGUGGAAGGUGGAUCUCCGUGAGUUUGAGGCCAGCCUGAUCUACACAGUGAGUUCCAGGACAACUAGAGACCUAUAUAAUAGAGACAGCCUGUCUCAAAAACACCAAAAAAAAAAAAAAAAGAAAAGAAAAAAAAAAGUAAAUGUUGCUGGAAAGAUGGUUCAGCAGGUAACAGUGCUUGCCCCCAAGCCUAACAACCUGACUUCAUUCCCUAGGACCCACAUGGUGGAAGGAGAGAGCAAACUUCCAUAAGUUCUUCUCUGACAUAUGUACAUGCCUCACACACACACACACACACACACCUCAUUGCAACACAAUACUUAUAUGAUCAUGCAUCUUAGAUAACAUCAGUUCACCUUUAGUAGCUCCAAGUAUGUAGGCAGAUUUCUGUUAAAUUGGGUUUAUGUUGUUUGCUUAGGCAGUAGGAUUGCAGUAGCAACAACAACAACAAAAAAAAAAGUUCCUGAAGUCUAUCUCUGCCACUCUGACCAUGAGUUUCAUGGUACAGAAUUUAAGCUAUGAAACCUCAGCACAUCAGCACGUUAGCAGAAUGGUCUCAGUGUUGGGAAAACUGAUUCCAGGUUUGGUAGAGCUAUGCUUAGAUUUGAAUUCACCCACAAAACAUUCAAAUCAAGGCUAAAGAUAGAAAUGUGAAAUAAAACUGUGAACCUUCAUUUUAACAUUGAUCUAACUUCCUAGAUUGGAUCAAUAUAUAUUUAGGUGGUAUUGAAAAUGGUAAACUACUUAAUUUAAAUCUCAAAAUUUAAAUUACGAGGUUUACAUCAAAACCAACAUUUCACAAAUGCACUUUUACGGUAUUAUAAAGGGGUAAUUUAAGCAGUAAAUGGUUUCUUGACACCCAUGGCCAAGUAAUAGCUAAUUUAGAGGUGGGACUUUUAUUGCUAUAUGAGAAUUACAUUUAAACUUGUGGGUGUUUUAUAUAAAGCAGAUCUCACAAGUUUUGAAAUUUUCAUAUUUCUUUUAGAGAAUAGAUUGUUUGUAUCCAUAAUAAAAGAAUAAUUCUACAUAAUUGCUUCUUCAAUCUAGUCCCAUUUGAAAAAAAUUGUUUCUACUGUAUUAAUAACUGGAUGAAUGAUCACUCUGAAAAUGUAUUUAUUGCACUGAAAUUAGUUCAGUCUUGAUAAAGCACUCCAGAAGUUGUUUUUUUUUAAACCACAGACAGUUUUUAUAAAACUGCCUCUGCUUCUAAUGUAUUUUGUUUUAAAAGAAAGAGAGUAAUUUGUAAAACUUCUACUGUGUCUGAAGGGAAGUAAGGAGGCACUCCAUAAGACCACCGAGGUUGUGUUCAGAUUCUCGAUGCUGGCCUUGAAUGUAUCAUCUCCACUGUUAAAUUGUAGGCUCCUCCUCAGUGCACUGUGCAGCCUGAGUCCACUCAGAGUGGCUGUAACCGUUUUGACAUGUAAUGGAUAAUGACUACUGAAAAAUAAACCAAAGAACAGGAGUAUUUCAUCCUUAACCUUUGUAAACUAUGUUUCAUGGAUAACUUUUCGGUUCUUUCUGAAGGCUGAUAUGCCUCCAUUUGAAAACAAUGUUGAUUUUGAGUGACUAAAGUAAACUAACCAACUACCAUUAUGUUUUGACUAAGGAAUAUACCUUUCAAUAAAGUUGUUGAAAUGCAA